UUUCGAGUUCAAUUAGUAAAAGGGUAAAAUUAUUACUCUCAACAGAACUAUUCAAAAAUUCAAAUCGUUAUUAUGAUUUUUCCACACAUAAUAAAAUGUUUACUUUUAAGUCUUAUAGCGGUAACAUUUUAUCAAAAUAUUACCGCGGCAGUACCGAUAAAAUGUGGUCUUGAAGCCAACUGCACAAUAACGGCAGAUAGUGAAAUUUGUAUACUGGAAGAUACUAAAGAUGACGUUUGUAUACGUAAAUAUCCCAGUAAAUGUCAUAUGGAUAUAGCUGCCUGUAAACUGGGGAAAAACUUUACUGAUUUCAGUGCAGAGUAUUGUGCCAUGGAUAGCUAUAUCUGCGAAGAGGGUUAUGAACGCUGGACCAUAUUUUUUGGUCAUGAAAAUCUAAUUAAAUGAUAAUAUAAGAAAUGUAUUUUUUCGGUUUAUAAGGUUAAUCAAUCAUUAUUAUAAACCAAAAAUUAAACAAAAUAUCAUUUUUAAAAAAUACUUAUGCACGCAACAUACCUGCUCAUCAUGGAGUAUUCCCACUUUCACUUAAUUCUUUUUGAUUUUCUUUUUUGUAAGAAUUUUAAUAAUUCUAUGAAUUUUUAAAGAUACUU